CGAUUGGUUGCAGUUAUAUGCCAAUCCAUUGUGGCACGCCACGCGCAUAGCUUGUCCUUCAACCAGCACUCCCUAUCCGAGCACCCAGACCAGAACUUCCGCCACUCACCUCUGCCCGUCAUGUCUACGCCGCCGACGGUCAAAUUCAUCACUGGCAAUGCCAAUAAGUUGCGAGAGGUCAAAGCCAUCCUGGAACCAGCAAUCACGGUACAAAGCCAUGCUGUUGACCUCGAGGAAGUCCAAGGCACAGUUGAGGAAGUCACCAUAGCAAAAUGUCGCAAGGCUGCCGAGACUAUCCAAGGACCUGUUCUGGUUGAAGACACCUGCCUAUGCUUCAAGGCCCUCGGCGAUCUCCCGGGCCCUUACAUCAAAUGGUUCAUGGAAUCCAUUGGCCACCAGGGUCUAAACAAUCUACUAGUUGCAUACGAGGAUAAGUCUGCCGAUGCCGUGUGCACGUUUGCCUACUCGCCGGGUCCUGGAAGCGAACCUCUCCUCUUCCAAGGACGAACUAGAGGCAAGAUCGUGCCGCCUCGAGGCCCGGUUGACUUUGGAUGGGAUGCCAUUUUCGAAUAUGAUGGUCAGACCUAUGCCGAGAUGGACAAGGCGGCAAAAAAUAAGAUCUCUCAUCGCGGUCGUGCUCUCGCGAAGCUGCAACACUGGUUCGCUCAACAGCGAACCGAGUGAUCGUUAUAGAUGAGACGUUCACAGAUGGGCCUCGUCAACUUGGCAGCUCUUCCACCAGUUCUAACAUCAAGAGCUACCGUGCGC